ACCAGUUUUACGAACCGAUUGACCAGUCUACAUACAAGUACCUACCUAAUAUCUAAUAUAGCAAUUAAGUAAGUGGCUUUUAUGAUAAGUUUAACUACCUAAGUUAAGAUACGAAGAUAUUGUACAAUACAAACGCUACCGCGAAGUCUAUGCCCAAUUAGGCUACCUCUUACAGUGCGAAUUACCGGCGAAGCCUAGGCAGCUACCCCCCGUGCAAAUCCAAAUCUAGCCCUGCUGCUUCCGCCGCUUUCGUGCGGGUUCGAUGUUCAUCGGAGGGGUGCAUCAUUAAGCUUUCCUCUACAACAGCCUCAUAUUUUUUUUAUUUCUUAAACCCUCUUCCCACCAAUUCCAACAAGAGGUAGACGAUUAAACCAACGUUGCAUUUGCGAUCCCAACUUAAGAAUUUACUUUUCACCCACGACCUUUUUACACCUUCAUACUUUACCGACGUCAUAUACCGUCACCCCCACCAACAAAUCCAGAUACCCUAUAAUCAAGAUGGCGCAGGUCACUCCCGAAGUACUAUGGGCUCAACGCUCUUCCAACGCGGAACCUGAGAAGAACUUCAUCUAUCUUACCAUUUCAGUUCCCGAUGUCCCCAAGGAGAACCUGAAGCUUGAUCUUCAGCCUACAACCCUAACCUUCACCGGUCACUCCGAGACCCUGAAGCGAACGUACCACCUAGAUCUUGAAUUCUACGCUGAGAUCGACCCUGCCGAGAGCCAGGUCCACCAUACCGCUCGCAAUGUUGAGCUUAAGCUGCGCAAGAAGGAGCUCAAUGACGAAUACUGGCCGCGUCUUCUCAAGGACUCUAAGAAAGUCCAGUACUUGAAGACCGACUUCGACAAGUGGGUCGAUGAGGACGAGCAAAACGAGGCUCCGGAAGAAGAUUUCUCACAAUUUGGCGGCAUGGGUACGUAAACUAUUUAUAAUCCACACGGUCUAACCCCCUCUGUAAACAUAUACUCCCCCUUAAAAUCUAUUCAUAUACAGAUGAAUCCUCACCCAUAUAAAUUCUCGUGACUAACAUUUAUUUAUAGGAGGCAUGCCAGGUAUGGGCGG